GUCCGACGAAACGACCACUGGGUCUCACACCCUUCUGCCCCGGGCUCCUUCCGAGCUCAAGUUCAGUUUCGUUUCGCACCAAAGCGUCUGUGCCGCUGAAAGCGAAGAGAGACGCGUCCGGCAGGGAGCGUCCGGCAGGGAGCGUAUAAAGGGCCACGCCAGGGAUGAAACGUCCUUCUUCCCUUCCAACUGAUGCGACCCGUCGACCGACAUGCUCCAGCCUCCAGCACAGACAGGAUGAUGAGUCUGAAGACAAAGAGAAAAGCUCGGACGUCCUUUGGGGCAACGGCUCCGCCCUUCAUCGACUACCUGAAAGAUAUUCUAGGGAGAUAUCCAGACGGUGGACAAAUUCUGAAGGAGCUGAUUCAAAAUGCAGACGAUGCUCGAGCCACAGAAGUGGUUUUCAUCCACGAUGAGAGAAGCUACGGGACCGAGAGCCUUUGGACUGACGAACUGGGAAAAUACCAAGGUCCUGCUCUCUAUGCCUACAACAAUGCCGCGUUCACGGACGCCGACUGGGAGGGAAUUCAGAGGGCAGGGAGGAGUGACAAGCGCAAUGACCCGGACAAAGUCGGGAGGUUUGGAAUCGGCUUCAACUCUGUUUACCACACAACAGAUGUGCCAAGUAUAUUCAGUUCAGUUCACCUUGGCUUGAUGGACCCCCAAGAAAAAAUAUUUGGAGAGAGAAAUGGAGGUUUCCUGUGGUCUUUGGAUGACCCGGAACACCAAGAAGCUCUGAUGAUCAUGCAUGAUCAGUUCCAGCCCUUUCGUGAUGUGGUUUCACUUGUUAGCGAACGGAAGUGGUCAGAAGUUGUCCUGGAGGAUCAGUUCUUUGAUGGCACAAUUUUCAGAUUCCCUUUGCGCAAUGAGGCAUCCGAAAUUUCCGAUAAUCUGUAUGACUCUGACAGGGUGGUUGAGCUUUUCAGUAGCUUCAUUGCAGACGCAGACUUGAGCCUCCUGUUCCUCAAAAAUGUGACCUCUGUGUCAUUGGUACACAUUGACGUGCAUGGCACCGUUAACACCAGACUUAAGGUGCAGUCCUCAUUCCCCACAAAUGACGUUUUGGAGUCAAACGACGCGUCAGUCACUGAGGCAUCGACGAGGUUCAAAGUGAUAACCCUCCACUCAGAUGUCCACAAAGAAACAAAGUGGCUUGUGACAACGUGUACCAUGAGAGAAGGCAACGUAGACGAUCUUGAUUCACUCGCAAAAAAGUUGAGCUUUUCCCCUCAAGUUGACCUGGCGUUCCCUUGUGGUGAGCAGAGAGACUGCAGGGAGACCAGACUGAGCUGCUUUCUCCCCCUCCCAAACAACGAGUCCAACAAGACAGGACUUCCGGUUUAUGUCAACGCAUGCUUUGGUCUCUCAGACAACAGACGACUCAUCAAGUGGCGAGAGGAAGACCAGAAACACGAUGAACAUGCUGUAUGGAAUGAACUGCUGAUGAAGGAGGUGCUCCCACGGGCAUAUCUCACCCUCAUUCAAGAUGCCAUCAAACUUGCCCAACAGUCUGUUCUUCCCGUCCGCUCCGUGUACGAUUUGUGGCCAGAUAUUGCCCGGAUACAGCGCAAAGACAAAUGGUAUGCCAUUGCUCUGGAUGUUCUCAGUCACUUGUUCAAACAGAAUGUGGCUGUCCUCUCUCUUGCAAAAGAUGAACGAAAGUUUAUCACUGCGUCAGAAGCCGUGUUCCCCUGUAACGGUCCAACGAGCCCAGAAAUGUUGGCCGCCAUUCAAAGGACUUUGGUUUCCUGUGGAGAAAAUCUCGUCACGUUACCAGGAAGCGUUGCAAGAGCUAUAAAUGAGGCUUGUCCAUACAUCAGCACCCUGAAACACGUGACUCCAGCUUUCGUAAAGGACAUCCUCCGCAGGAUUGGCGUGCAUGACAUCUCUAAAGACGACAGACUCCGUCUCUUGGAGUACAUUUUGAGUGAUGGAGAAUACGGAGAACUUGAGGGUCUUCAGCUGCUUCCGCUCAACGAUGGCUCCUUCAGGUCUUUCACCAACAGAGAGGAGGACACUGCUUUAAUCGACAGCAAUGAAUUUCCGAGAUCUUUGCUGCCGUGCUGCAAACACCUCUUCAUCCCAGACGAUCUCAGUCCAACCUGCAUCACCCACCUGAGUGAACUGGCCAGAAAAAAUUUAUACAAGGUCAUUAACAUUGGUGCGGACCAUGUGGCUGAAUAUACAAGGAGGUAUUUGCCACAGGACUGGCAGCAGACGACGACGGGACUUGUUGCCUGGAACAUCGGCAGCAGUCAACAUCCACCUUUGGAGUGGCUUCAAGAAUUCUGGAAAUUUCUCAGCACUCACUUCAAAGAGUUAAGUCGUUUCACUGGAAUACCAUUAAUACCAGUCAGCCCACUGUCUGUCAGUCAGGUUGUAUCACUGGCACAACUACAGCAGAACACAUCCCUCAUUUCUCAGAAACGCAAAAUGAUUAGCCUGCCAGAUCAGAUAGCUCAGUUGGUGAACAAAGCCAGUGGCACAGUGGUGAGAGGAAACGAGUGGCUCCAGCACGUAGACCUAGACUCGUAUGUGCUGUGCCCAUCUCCGAGGAGCGUUGUGAAAGUGUUGGUGAAUUUAGAUUCCCAGCAUCUCAUCGGAGAAGUCAAGUCGGCCUCUCACACAGCACGAGAAGAACUGAAAGAUUAUCUCUCUCGUCUGGAUUCCCUCUCGAGGUGUGAGAAAGAUUUACUCUCAAAGUUACCUCUUUUUCAGACCAUGAAAGGAGUGUAUUCUGCAGCUCAAUCAAAACAGGCUUUGCUUUUAACUUCUGGUUUAACAGUACCAACAGAGCUCCCUAUGCCUGAUUCAGUUGUACAGUGUGCCACUGAGGCCGAUCACAGAUUGUUACGGCUGCUCAAAGUUAAUCUGUUACACACAGCUGAAGCAGUCAAUCUCCUCAUUGACUGUAUUCAGAAGGGCUCUUGCAGCAAAGAAGAAACUGAGAAAAUCAUGACUUGGAUUUUACAGCAUGGAAAUGUCCUUUUCUCUCAGAAUCAGACCUUGAAACGCAGAUGUAAGGACCUCGGCUUCAUUGAAGUGAAUGGAGAGCUGAAAAAGGCCUCAAGCUUUUUCGACCCAAGAAUUCAAAAUUUUACAGUCAUUUUUGAGUCACACUUCUUCCCCCCGCGUCCGUACACUCACACAGAGCAAAUGCUUGAAAGCCUAACAGAUCUUGGAUUGCUGUGUAAAGAGGUAGACGUGUCACCUCAGCAUUUGUUGCAUGCCGCCACACUGAUCGACAAAAUGCAUGUUGAAUCUCAAGCUGAGGCUCAGAAAAGAGCUCAGGUGCUCUUGAAAAUGUUGGAUGCCAAUGAUCUACUGUCCAAGUUUUCGAGCGAGCAGCUCAAACGCCUAAAAAUGCUAAAAUGGGUCCCAUGUGAUCAACCUGGCAAUGACCAACAUCAGGGAAGUUGUUUCUUCUGCCCAGAUGAAAUAAGACAUUCUGCGUUCAAGGACAUUGUUGGACAUGUAAUGCCUCUGGUGGGAGACCUCAGUGACAGAGUGAGCAACAAACUUGGUCUCAAAGGCCGACCCCCACCUGAAAAAGUGAUGGAGAAUUUAUCAGUCUUGACAUCCAAAGCACAGGAAAUGAACGAUCCUGACACAGAUGUGGAUUUCAAGACGGAGCUGCGUAGCAUUUACAGACACAUGCAAGAUUACAUCUCUGAAUUUGCACCAAUGAUAAAUGAGGACACACGCUGGCUUUGGAGCCACAACAAGUUUGUUUCACCAAAGGAUCUGGUUCUCGACUACCCACAUAAUCUAGACCUGAGCUCUUACAUUGGGAAGGUGCCAAGUGAAUUUCUGUCAUACAAGAAGUUGCUCCGGAAUUCAGGCCUGAGGACACUGAUUUCAGAUGGAGAAGUAAUUGGCAUUCUUCAUUCUAUCCAGCAAAAUAUUGAAGGAAGGCAAGAGCCAUUUGCAAGUUCCUCCGAGGUAAAAGUGUCAAUAGAGAUUCUUAACUGGCUGUGGAGAGAGAAGAAGGCAGUUAAGGAUGACAUCCCGGUACCAGUCAUCUUAGAGGGUGAGCAAUAUACGCUGAAACCAAGGUCAACAGCAGUCUUCUGUGAUGUGAGCAAAGGUGGGUUGAAAGAGCUCAAGUGCAGCCUGGAGGAAGUUCAUGUCAUACAUGAUGAAAUCCCAAAAGCAACGGCUGAGUGGUUAAACAUCCAGUUUCUCAGCACUUUCAUCCUCAAUCCAGAGUUAGUGGGGAUAGAACAGUGUGGACAAUCUGAGCCAAUAACAACAAGGAUUAAAAACAUUCUUAAGGAAUAUGAUGAAGAAAGUGACAUCUUCAAAGAGCUCAUUCAAAAUGCAGAAGAUGCUGGAGCAGAGGUCUGUAAAUUCUUGGUGGAUUUCAGAGUACACAAAGAUGCUCCUGAAAGUCUCAUUGACCCCAACAUGGCACUGUGUCAAGGACCUUGUCUCUGGGCUUUUAAUAAUGAGCAGUUCACAGUUGAGGACUGGGAAAAUAUUGUCAGAGUCGGCUCUGCCUCGAAAGAAAACAAGGUGGAAAAAAUUGGAAAGUUCGGACUUGGAUUCAAUACUGUGUAUCAUGUGACAGAUGUUCCCUCCAUCCUUAGUGGCAACAGUCUCCUCAUAUUUGAUCCAAAUGUAACUCACCUCAAAAAGCACAUCAAGCACAAAACAAAUCCUGGAAUCAAACUGGAUCUCUCUCAGCAGCAUCUUUUUCACUGCUUCCCUGGUCAGUUUGGACCGUAUGAACGCAUCUUUGAUUGUAAUUUCAGCAGACAAAGUCCCCCUGAACCCUUUCCAGGUACUCUGAUCAAACUACCUUUCCGAACUGAGGAAGAGGCUCUCAAGUCAGAAAUAAGCACGAAAGUGUAUCACAAACACAACAUCAUCACUUUUCAACAGCACUUAACUAAGAAUUCGCAAACCCACCUGCUUUUUCUGAAGAAAGUCAAUGCAUUGUCUCUACAAAGUGUCCCUCACAUUGUAUCAACUCCGCCAAGAGACGAUGAAAUAGAAACCGUCCUCACCAUCUCCAAAACCACCGUGAGUGCAAUGACGAUUCCCGAUGAAGCCUGUGUGUCGAAGCAACGUCAAGCUGAGGAAUCAUUGAUGAAACUUGAUGGAAAAUGUAAAGAGGUCAUUGACUCCAGCACAGCCAACGUUGUCCAGAUCACCAGUCAGCAGUCGGGUGUAACUGAAGUACAGUCCUGGCUCCUGUACAACUGCUUUGGGACACGUGAGUCUUUGAAAAUGGCCCUUCAAGGAAACAAGAAAGCCAAGUUCUUUUUGCCCAUUGGGGGCAUUGCUGUACCGUUGCAAAAUAAUCCCAAAACCGGGAAACUGACCUCAUUACAAACGGAUCUCGUUGGACAGGCAUUUUCCUUCCUUCCUCUUUCCAUUCACACAGGUCUUCCAGUUAAUGUCAAUGGUACUUUUGCUGUGACGAGCAACAGAAAAGGCCUGUGGGAGAGUGGGGUGAAAAAUGACUGGAACAAAGCUCUCCUCCGGGAUCCGGUAGUGACAGCAUAUGUCACGACACUCUUGACACUAAGGAAGAUGUCUGAAAACAAGCAACUUGAAGAUUACUGUUACCACACCUUUUGGCCCGACAGAGAGAAAGUGAGUGAAACCUUCAAGCCCUUGGUGGAUGCGUUUUACUCCACCAUUGCCCAGCAAUCCAUUGGUCCAGAGCUCUUUAGUGAUGGAGACCAUUGGUGCUCAAUGAACACUGCCAUAUUUCUACAUGAGAGCAUUGAAGAGGAUAAGGAGAUCAGUGCACUUGCAGUGCAGGUGUGCAAGAAAUAUGCAAAACCACAAAACAAUGUUGUUCAUCUUCCACUGUGGAUGAAAAACAGCUUCAAACAGGCAGGCCUGGAAAAGGCUUUACAGGACAGAACAUGGAACUGGGAGAGGUUUUACCAAGAAGUGGUGUUUAACAACCUUGGUACGAUUGAACCUGUGAGCAGAGAUUCUCUUGUGCUCCAUGCUAUUGACCUUCAUGUCAAAGAAAUUGACAAUCUACUGGUCUGUUACCCAUGCAUCCCCACAACAGACGGACGGCUGCAGUAUAUCGAGAAACUUGUGAAUCCAUCAGGGAGAGUGGCCUCACUUUUUGAACCAGAAGAGGGACGUUUGCUUGGUGGGACAAAAAAAGAUUUUUGCUCCCCCGAAAGGAUUAAGCGCUUGCUGGAACUUGGAAUGGCCAGCGAUUAUCUCCCAUUGAAAGAAAUCACAGAAAAAGCAGGCUCAAUCACCAAAACCUGGAGCACCGACAGAAAGAAAGCAUAUGGGCAGUUGAAAUGCCUUCUUGAAGUCAUGAAAUAUCACAUGAACGACACAGACUCCCUCCAGUGGGAAACACUGAGGAUGACUGAAUUUCUUCCAGCGUUGUCACCCGGUGAUAUGAAAAUGGAAAUAAAUGUAACACUUCGAAGGCCCACUGAUGUUUUCAGUGACAAAUGCCCCCUACUUGUGAACAUGACACAACCCGUGCUGGAUCAUACCAAUCUGAAUAUACACAACACUGAUCCGGUCCUACAGAUUUUGGGAGUUCGUGACAGUCCAAGGCCAGAGACAGUGCUUCAGCAGCUUCAAGAAACAUGCAAGCAAUCCCAAUCCACUGACAGACCUGUGUUUCACAAAAUAGCAUUCGAGUGCUACAAGUUUCUGGAUCAGUGGCUCAGCGAUUCUGGGGAUCCCGCUUUUAUUUCACAGAGCGCACAUUCAUUCCCUUUCAUUCUUGUUGGCAGUACAUUUGUAAAUGUGAACUGUGUGGCUGAAAAUGAACAGUUUGAAGCAAAACCCUACCUCCACAUGCUACCACCUGCCUUCACGAGUUUCAAGAAACUCUGGGAAAGCAUAGGUGUUGAAAAAAAAUACACAGUCAGUCAGUUUGAAACUGUCCUCCAGGAUUUGCACCAUCGACAUGGAAAGAAGCCCCUGCCAGAGAAGGAUCUAUCAAUGUGCCGCACAAUUUUAAACAAGGGGAUAUAUGAGGCCAAAGAGAAAACAACAGGUGACUGUCUGAUACCCAAUGAACAUGGCAUUUUACAACCUGCAAGUGAGUUGUUUUACAAUGACAGUCCAUGGAUGCCAGUGGUUUCUGGUGUCACGUUAUGCCACGAGGAUAUCUCACGUGCUAUGGCUUGCUACUUUGGAAUAAAAACAACCAGGCAUCACACUUUACAAAGCCACAUAGCUGAGAACAUUUCCCCAUUUGCAUUUGAAUUUGCACAGCAGGAGCAACUAACAGUUCGAAUCAAAAACAUCAUUUCAGCCUAUCCAUCAAAGAAGGAUAUUCUUAAAGAGUUAAUCCAAAAUGCUGACGAUGCAGAGGCCACAGAAAUUCACUUUGUGUGGGACAAACGACAGCAUGGCAAAGAGAAAACAUUUGGGGACAAGUGGAACCAUCUGCAGGGCUCAGCGCUGUGUGUGUUCAACAACAAGGUGUUUUCUGACGUUGACCUGGCUGGCAUUCAGCAGCUGGGAGAAGGAGGAAAGCACAACUCUCCAGGGAAGACAGGGAAAUAUGGUGUCGGGUUCAACUCUGUUUACCAUUUGACUGAUUGCCCCUCAAUCCUCACUGGAGAUGAAUUUCUGUGCAUUUCUGAUCCCAAUCAAAAAUACAUUGAACAUCAUUCAGGCAAACCACUUGUUGGUAUUGGCUACAAACUAGCUGACAAAUUCAAGGAAAUGUACGUGGACGUCUACAAAUCCUUUCUUCCAGAACAGUUUCCCCUUAAAGAUGGCACCAUGUUCAGAUUACCUCUGAGGAUGGGUACUAUGGCAAACGGCUCUAAAAUAUCAGAGCAGGGAGUCACGGACCGUGACAUGGAAGAGCUGUGCUCUGCCCUCUCUGAAGAUCCUGAAGGAUUGAUUCUCUUUCUGAAAAACAUCCGCAAAAUAAAAGUCCAUGAAAUCAACGCAUGUUCAGGAGAACUCAAGACCGUCUUUGGGGUUGACAAAAGUGUGCCGCAGACGAGCAGAGAAAAAGAGGAUGCGUUUGUUAACCUUCAACAACAAGCACUACAAUCUGACCAACCAGCGACACCGCACAAGGCGAUUUAUGAAACCACGAUUUCAACCUCAGAUAAAAGACAAAGUAAAUGGAUCAUUGCACAACAGUUUGGCUCAUUCAAAAACAGUGAUGGAAGAGAAGCAACAAUUCCAAACAAACUUCCCCAAGCAGCAGUAGCGGCACGUAUACAAAGUUUGGGCACAAGCUCAAAGUACGGAUGUACGAAUGAUGCUUGUAAGGAUUUUAAAGGAGAAGCCUUUUGUUCACUGCCUUUGCCAGGAACGACUGGACUGCCGGUGCAUGUUAAUGCAAACUUUGAGGUAGAUUCUUCAAGGAGAAACCUUUGGAAAGAGGAUGGGCAAAGUCUGAAAACUAAGUGGAAUGAAUCGUUGAAUCAGAGAGUCAUUGCCCCACUGUAUGCAGACCUCCUUCAUUACAUCAGCCAAAGCAUUGAAAAGAAAAAAGUCUCUGUUUCAUGUAUUGAGUCAUGCUUCAAUAAUUCGUACUUGUGUUUUUGGCCAACUGCAUCCAAAGAUGUCAAUCAGCACUGGCAUGAAAUGAUACACGAAGUUUACAGAUCAAUCAAAGAAAGAGGCCUUCACGUGAUUCCAGUGAUGAGGAGCUCAACAUGUGUACUCGCAGGCCGACCACUUAAGCAAUACUCUUUUGACUGGUGUGACAUGAGAGAAACUGAGGCAACAAAGGCACUUUACCUGUCAAAGUCGACAGACUCAGAAAAUUAUGAGAUCAGCCUUGUUUUGGAAGAUCUUGGAAUGAAAUUGGUCCCUACUUCAACUAAAAUGAAAGAAGUUUGGGAAAACUUCAAAUCCAUUGGUGUUGAGCUGAAGCGUGUGCAUCCUUCAACUGUACGGACCUUCCUGAAAGAAAAACCUCUCAAUGACCCAACUCAAACAGAUGAAGCAUUACCUCUGCCCAUAACUUCCACUCUGAUCAGAGAUGAGAGGAGGUGUUCAGAGCUCUUGAGAUUCUGCUUAAAAGAUCCUUCCCUAAAAAAAAAGGUUUCGGGGGAAAAUUCCCGUUUACUCGAUGGGCUUCCACUUCUUCUCACAGGAGAUAAAGUUCUGAGAAUGUUUAACUCCAGAUCUCCCAAGCUGGUAUCAGGAUAUCAAGGCCUGUUCCUUGACUGCAAGGACCAAUUUGCAGACUUUCGGACCAACUUAGAGCACAUGGAUGUUCUACAAAGAUUUAACCUGGUCAAAAAUCUGACAGUUCACUGUGCAGCGGAAUAUCUGAAGCCAUUAAUCCAGCAUCAUCUUCAAAGCUGUGAAGUUGAUUCACACAGUGGUCUCCAUGUCCCGAACCAGGCAAUGUUGACGUGGUUGAACUCACUUUGGAGGUUCUUGGAAAGUCAAAUUAAACCUACAGCUGCUAGUGGUGACGAACAGUCUGUGACAUUCAGUGAUGUGCGGCAGCUUUUCAAUGACUGCUCUAUUUUACCUGUUGUGUGUCCACGGCUAAACAACAAGCACCUCCUGCAAACGAUGAAAGACAUGCCCAGUGUGAUUCAAUUUGCCUCUGACAGGAACAUAUCAGGCAUCCUAAUCAAACUUGGUUUCAUGAGGCUCGACAAUGUAUUCUUCUAUGACAUGCUUUUCGAUAGACAGACACAUUUGUUUCUGCAGCCUGAACUCAUGGAUGUGAAUGAUACAAGCUCUGUGCUGGACCAGGUUUAUAACAUCAACCACUCUGAGUUUUCCCUGCUCUCCCCUGAAGACAAAAGAGAGCUCCAGAACUCCCUGCAGUCCGGAGUAUCCAAAGCCAAAGACAGUCAAGACUAUCAGAGAAAGCUCAAGUCUUUGCCAUUAUUUGAAACAAUAUGUGGGAAAACAGUGAGGAUCGAUGGACCUAAGGAGGUAUUUGUCCUCAAAAUCACACAUUUGAGCACUUUCCCAGAUUUGUUCACCCUGCCCGACAGCGACAACAUCUUCCUCAAAGACAGUCCCGAGAACUGCUCUCUGUCACAAUCCCUGAGCAUCAAAAUCCUGACUGAUAUGGAGUAUUUCAUGAGGUUCAUUCUGCCUGUUGCACACAAACUCACAGAGCGCCAGCUGCUCCACUGCUUCAAGCUCUUACUGUCACUGCAAGAUGAUUGCAAAUAUUCACAGUACAAGGAAAAGAUCAUCUCCUCAAUGAAGAGAGUGAAAUUCAUUCGCAAUUCCCAAGGCAAAUUGGACACGGCAUCAUACUACUUUGAUGACUGCAUGGAGCUGUACAAGAAAAUGUUGCCCCAAGAGAGAUUUGUGCCUGUGACCUUUUGGACUGAGUGUGGUUACGAAAAUCAAAUAAAAGCAAAUCAGCUGCUCAGAGAGCUCGGGAUGAAGCAUGUUGUAUCAAAAGAUGAGAUAAUAGCGUUUGCAUACCAGUUAGAAUCAGAAGCAAAAGGGAACUCUCCGCUUCAAGAGUUGAAAGAGAAAUCAUUGCUACUUUUCAAAACAGCCUUAGAAAAAGGGUGUAACAACGAAAAUGAAGAGGAAAAGUUGCUGGAGAGCAUUGCCGACAUCAAGUUCAUUUUUCCUGUGACAAUUCGAAAAGAACUGUGCAACUAUCACCAACCAUUUGCCGCUGAGAGAACUGCUGUUAAAAUCAGGAGCUCCCUGAUGGAUAUCAAUCGCAGCCAUCAAGACUUAAUUUGGUCUUCAAUGCCUAUUAUCCAUUUACCAGUUUAUCAGACAGAGGAGCUGCUGCAAAUGAUGAAAGAUGCAGGUGCUCAUGACCAACCACCAACACAGUGUGUAACCAGCAACAUCAGCAACAUCUGUCGGUCUCCCUGUAAAACUGACGAGUUGAUUAAAACCCGCGCUCGUGUGUUUCGAAGUUCCUACACCUACCUACAUGAAAAAGGGUUUGAAGAACAGCCACUGGCUGGUCUUCCUAUUGUGUUGGUUGAAAAUGAUAAAGAACUUGUGAGGACUGAUGAAGUGUCUCUCUCACUCCGCGACGACCAAGAGUUCAGACCAUAUUUGUACAAAAUUCGUCCGAAAGAUCUCUGUUUCAUGGACUUCUUCAAGAAAAUAGGCGUAAAGAAGGAACCAACUGCAGUGCAGUAUUGUAAUGUUCUGGCAGCAGUUUAUGCCGACACUUGUGAAAAAACGACACUCAACCCAAACCAACUUAAAACUGUGAAACGCGCUGUUCAGCAGUUGUUUGGGUUAAUCAAAGCUCAAGAGAACCAGUCCUUUCCUGAUGAGGUGGAGUCUUUGCAUCUUCCUGCAGUAGAUGGUAAAUUAUACCCGUCAUGCACAUUGUACUACAACGACACAACGUUUGAGCCCAAAAGGUUAGAAGAGGCAUUGGAGAACAAGUUCUUGAUGCUCGAGAAACUCAGUGAAUAUCAUUUGGGCAGUGACAUCUAUGGGCAUCAUCGGCUGCUGAAAAUGCUGCCUCAGAACUUGCAGCCAAAAAUGCUGUCCCAGUUUACCGAGGAGAAAGUAGUGGAAUUGCACAUGCAGCUUUGUGAGUUUGAGACCGACUGCGAAUUCAGUGGCUGGUUCGAUAAACAUCUGUCUUCAUUUGCAUUCAGACAUGGACUUAUAUGUCUUAUUAGAUACCAGUCUAGGGGAGAAAUAACACAUGAAGAUGCUGCUCACAUGUGCGAUGAGACUUUUGGCAGCAUUCAGAUUGUCUGCUGCAAAAACCUGGAAACAAAGCUUUGGCUGAUGGAACAGCCACUAGACAGAACUACCGCUGAAACUGAUGUUUUUGUCAAACGAGGGCAACGAGGGUGCAUGUUUUACUUGAAACACAACGAUGACAUGGCUCCUAAGGUCAUAACUGAAGUCAAUAUGACAUUGACGAAGGAGAUUCAUGCUCUUUUAGGUGACAAAUUUGAAGCAAAUCACCUCCCAGUUCUUGGACAAUUUCUUAUGUGUGACAGUCUACAAGAUAUUCAGAAAACUCUGGCGAAGAAUGGGAUCCAUGACAGUACUGAAACUAAAAGUUGCCUUUUCAAACCACCGCCCCCUGGGACAGACAUACCGGAGGAAUGGCUUGACUCCUUAGACAUGAACAUCCUCAAUAACUUUGAAGAGGGGGAAUAUGUUGGCUACAGCACUGAUAGGUAUAUCCAUGCGGUCAUUGUUGAAGAAGUGCCUGGGAACUCUGGAAUAUAUUCGCACAGAUACAAAGUAGAUAUUGGAGAAGAUGAGCCAAUCGAAGUUAGUUGUCUUGACCUGUAUCAGUUUAAACGGGAAAAGAAUCCAAAACGUGGGAGGACUCGCAAAUCUGCUGGUACUUCUUGCAUGGAUGUGGAACCACUAGCAGGAGCUGUGCCGCAUCAUUCCGGAUCAUCAACUGGACCAUCAACACGUCCCUCAACCCCAAGAUCCUCACCAGCCUCUGUUGACGAAGCGAAACGGGAAAUUGACAAAUGUUUGGCAGAGAUAUGGACCCUUCCUGAGGAGCAGAGGCAUAAAGCCAUCAAGCGACUGUACCUCAGGUGGCACCCUGACAAAAAUCCAGACUACCAGUUCCUCUCAACUGAGGCAUUUAAAUACUUGCAAAAUCGCAUUGAGGAGCUCAGGAACGGCAAAGGCAAAACUGAGGGCUCGUCCUACCCGAGGGGAAACUCAGAUUUCAGAGACUUCUAUAGCCAAUGGAAUCAGGAGGCCAGGGAUCACAGAAAUGGCCGAGAGAGAUUCUCUAAAGGCUUCCAUUCCUACAACUUUUGGACCCAUAAUGAAAAUGUCCCAAGGCCUGACAGAGAGGAGGCCCAACGCUGGUGCAGACAGGCUCGCUGCGAUCUCAGAGCAGCUCACACGGACUCUGGAGAGGGCAGCACAGAAUGGUGUCUGUUCAAAGUCCACCAAGCAGUGGAAAAGUUGCUCAUAGCUGCCGAGUAUAAAAAACAUGGUCAACAUCCCACCAUCAGCUCUAUUUCAGCCCUUGCCGCGCAAGUUUCCAGCUACAACCACCAGCUGGCAGCUUUGCCUCAAAUUGUGCAAAAUCUGAAGAUGCUUGGAGUGGACCCUAAAAAGACUCAGUAUCCCAACUGCCAUCCGUCUCCCCACAUUCCAAACGGGCAGUUCAAAUCAGAGAACGGAAUGCAAGCGCUGAACAAAGCGUCUGAGCUUCUCAGUGUAGUGGAGGCAUAUGUGAAGUAGAGAUUCAAGAGACAUGUGGUGCGGGCAGUCUUUGUCUUAGGUUAAAAAAAUACAGUUAUCCUCAUGGUGAUAUUUACAAAUGUUACAAACAAAAAAACUUGCAUGUAUUUGUAUAACAGAAAAAAUGUAAGCAUGAUAUGACUGUUAAGAAAAUAAUAUUCUGAAAUUAAACUGCAAGUUUGUUUUCCAAUCAAUAUAAUCGCCAUAUGAUUUUUUAAAUUGUUUUUAUCAAAAUGUAAAAAUCAAAGGAUUUUGUGCACGGUUAUAAACAUCUGAUUACUCACGGAGGAUCAGACAUUGUUAUAAUUUCUAACUACGCUCUCGUAAUCAAUUGUCAAUGUGGAACUUUGUUUUGAAAAUGCACUUUAGUGAUGACUUUAGUGAUGUUAACAUUUAUGAAUACUCUCCAGGACCAAUGUAGUCACUGUACAACUUUGUUAUGUUUUAUUAGCCUUCAUAACUACUCACUAGGGACCAAUGUUAAGUAAUCAUUGUAUGGCUGUUAUGAAAGUGCAAAUAUAUAUCGUUUUUUUUUUCAAUAUUGUAAACAUUAAUGACCACUUACUGCGGAUCAGUACAACUGUAUGUUCUAUUUAGCAUUUAUAACUACUUACUGAGAAACAAUAAAUAGUAAUCACUGUAUGACUGUUCUGAAAAUGUAUCCGUUUUUUCUCUAUAUUGUUAACAGUUAUGGCUACUUGCAGAAUAUCCAUUUAAUCACUUCAGUUUUGUUUUGAAAAUGCAAAUGUAAACGAUUUCUGCACAAUUGUCCAUUCCUUUUGGUAUUAUUAUGCUUUUCCUUUUGAAAUAAAAAAUACAAGUUCAAUAAAG